CUUGAUUGUGGGUGUACGGAUGGUCUUAGCCACAACAUACACGUACACUCAGUCAAAAUUGGUAUCUCAGCACGAACGAUGACCGUUAUAGACAUCGGCUUCAGGUGACACUCCCUGAACAGUUGGUUAAGCACUAACUAGUCCAUGGCACUGAAUGACUUUUAGCCAUACAGGCAAGGUGUACGAUAUGUGAUCAGUGGUGUGCAGGAACGCAAAUACUCGAUAGUGAUAUUAUUAUAUAUCAUAUAUCACAAGGCUCGUAGAAACUGUGACAAACGAUAAUAUCUCUCAUAUUCCUCUGGUCUUUGGUUACCCUUAUUAGUGCGUUUACCAUAUAGUAGGUAAUCGUACUAUCAUGGCGCAAGAAGGUGUCGGCAUGUCCACAGCCAAAGCCGACAAGAAAAGCGAUCUGAACUUCCAGUUUUUCUCGGAGCACAAUGAUACGGACGGUUCAUUCAGUGUUCUGGCAGAACUGGGACUUGACGACGACGACGAUAGCAUAGUAACUAGUGCUAUCAACAACACCAGUGACACGGGACCACUGCCAAGAUCAUUGCCGAAUUUUGAAAGUGCUGACGACAUGGUACACUUAAGGCAGGCAAAUAGGAACAUAAACAGUCACAGUGCGAAUAGCACAAUGGCAAGUGACAGGGCUGGGGAUAGAGAGUCAUCAGAUGUUAUGAGUAAAUCAGGUAUAGCUGGCAGGCACUCAACUGGUAAUACAACAAAGCCAGGUGGAAGACCCAAAGCCGGCUCGGAAGGUUCUGUCACGAUGACGCGCAAUAGGACUUUGUCCUCGGGACUUACACCAAAGAUAUCUAUAUCGGAUCAUGGAAGUGGUGCAGCCGACAGCGUUAUUGAUGCUGUACAAGUAU